CUAGGGUCCCUCGUGCACUAAAUGUGUAUUUUGUCCGUUUUGACCAUAGAUUUAAUAUUUAAAAAAACAAAUAAUGUAUUUACUGUUUCAGUCACACCCCUCCCCCUCACAAUGGUUCAUCCCACCUGCGCUGUCCGAGCUACGAUCGAGAGUGUAGCGUCUCUUGCUUAUUGCACUUGCUAUGAUGCAGUGCAGACAGUGACACACGCAGGCAUGUCACAUCAAAAGUCAGGGCAUCAAAAACGGAAAGAAGGAAAGAGAAGACAGGGAACGCCGAAGGCGACAGUAUGUCACACAGUUUUUCAAAAAGAAAGACACAGAUUCAGCGGCUGCUGCACACCCACGUCCUUCUUCCCCCACGUCCCCCGUCUCAGCCGAACAAGAUGCAGAGUCAGCUUUAUUGUCUGCACCUCGUUCUCCUACUAAUGACCCAGUCCUCUCAGUGUCAGGUAAGGUGAACAUGGUCAGCUACCAAGGUAGUAAAAAACUAAUUAAGUUUUGGAUUGUCUAAUUUUUUUCUUGUGUUGUAUAGUUAUAUGUUUCAUAUAAUAUUAUUCAACAAUGCAGUUAAGAAAAUAUUAAUUCUAAGCUGUAACUUGUUGUUGACUGGGGGACAAAAAUGAUUUUGCUAUCCUAACCCCACAGAAACAAGAGAGAGACAGAGAGUUUUGCCAGGAAAGAGUGUGGAAGUUGAGGAAGCGGUGAGAAUAGUGGAAUAUGAGAGCACAGAGGGAGCCCUACGUGUAAAGGAAGAUAACAGAAGAGAGGAAGAUGAGAGAACAGAGGAAGCCAUGAGAGCAGACUCAGAGGAAGAUGAGAGAACAGGGGAAGCCAUGAGAGCAGACUCAGAGGAAGAUGAAGAAGAGACUGUUGUGUCAAAUGAUCCUGGUUUGUGGCCAGCAAAAAAUAGCAAUGCAGACAGAGAAAAAACUGUGGAAAAAAUAGCUUCUUCUAAAGAUAAAGAACAAGAAAUGCCACAUGAUUCAAAAGGUAAAGCCUUCCCCUAAUACCCCAAGUACACAAAGUCAGGAAAUUGCAGGGAAAAGAUUCAGAGAGACUGGGUCAUUUACAGCCAAAGCACAAAUGCACUAUUUUGUAUUCCUUGUGUAGUAUUUGGUCAUGAGCUAAAGAAACCUUGUAUGAGCACACUCAGCAGUCAACAUGGUUAUAAAAUCAAAGACAUAACAUGGCGUCGAAUGUAUGAUAAAUUCCCUAACCACGAAAGCAGCAAAGCCCCCAGGGAGUGCUUCUUAAAAUGGAAAACCUUACAACAGUCUGUAAUGGCAGCUGUCCCUGGGGGAAUAGACAGCAAGCUGAAGAAGCUCAUACAAACAGAAAUAGACAAAAAUAGAGCUAUUCUGAAGAGGAUACUAGAUGUAACCUUGUUCUUGGCCUCUCGAAAUUUACCCUUUAGGGGUAAAACAAAAGACUUGGGGGACAUUCAUAAUGGCAACUUCUUGGGCACCCUUGAGCUCCUGUCCCAUUAUGACCCACUACUCAACGAACAUCUACAAAAAGUCAGAGACAAAAAAAACAGGAACAAGAUUGACACACUAUUUAAGCUCAGAUAUUCAGAACGAAUUUAUUGAGUUAUGUGGAAAAGGAGUGUUAAGUAGUAUUCUUAAGGAAAGGGAGGAAUCAGUCUAUUAUUCAGUCAUUUGCGAUGCUACUCCUGAUAUUUCACAUACAGAGCAAAAUGUAUUACUCUUACGAUAUGUAGGUUUUGAUCAAGAAAACAAUAAAUGGGAGGUUGUUGAAAGGUUUUUGGAGUUUAAAGAUUUUCACAAAAAAACAGGAAGUGAGAUUGCAGACAUGAUUGUAAAUGUGCUUAACAGUCAUGGCAUAGAUCUGAAUGACUGCAGGGGCCAAGGCUAUGAUAAUGGGGCAAACAUGUAUGGAAAAAUCAAGGGGGUUCAAGCCCAAUUAUUAAAAAAGAAUAAGCUGGCUACUUUUUCCCCUUGUGCGUCUCAUACUCUGAACCUUGUUGGUGUGCAUGCAGCUCAAUCAAGUCCAGAGGUUACCAACUUUUUUGGCUUUGUCAAUCGCCUUUAUGCACUUGUUAGUGCCAGCCCAGAGCGAUGGGCCAUCUAUAAGGCAAAAACGGGUUGCACUUUACAUCGUCUGUCAGACACUCGGUGGAGUGCAAGGGUUAAGGCUGUUCAAUCCAUAGCCAAGCACCUGCCCAGUGUCCUAGAAACUCUUGAUGCCAUCCUCUCAACCUGCAGUCUGACACCAGAGGCUCGGUCUGAAGCCAGCGGCCUAAAAAAGUAUUUUGAAACUUUUGAUACUGUUUUUCUGUUGACUGUUUGGGUCAAAGUUCUGCAAGCCAUUGGCAAAAGGAAUAUUAUUCUCCAGUCAGGGAAAUUAACUCUUGAGACAGAGGCAGAAAUAUCAGAGUAUUGCAAGAGGAGAUGCAACAUCUGAGGGAUGAAUGGUAGAGUUUCUUUUCUGAAGCAUCACUUGUUGCCCAACAGAUGAGCAUUAACCCUCUGUUCAGGUCAGGAUUCAGCCGCCAGAGGAAAAGAAAACGGUAUCACGAUGAGACAGAGGUAGAGGGAGCAAGGGAGCACAGUGCAGACACCAUAUUCAGAAACACUGUGUUUUUUCCCAUGAUGGACCACAUAAUCAAUGACUUAAGUGCCAGGUUUGCCACAACAGCUGAGAUCUUGGAUCAGUUUUCUGUAGUUGUAAAGAUGGGUCAGUUACGUGAUGAUCAAAUCCAUUCUGUAUGCCAGCCAUUGAUUUCAAAAUACAACACUGAUCUGACUUGUGAAUUUGAAGAUGAAGUCAGACACCUCAACUCUGUAUAUAGGGGCACUAUCCCAGGGUGUCUCACCAAUUUAUCUGCUCAACAGCAUUUACAAGAUGCAGCUGCAGAGUAUUUUUGGGCAGGUCUGCAUAGUUUUGCGAAUAUUUUGCACACCGCCUGUGACCGUUGCUGGUGGCGAGAGAGCAUUCAGUAAGCUGAAACUGAUAAAAAAAUUAUCUGAGGUCUGCUAUGUUGCAGGAUAGACUUUGUCACCUUGCCAUACUAUCCAUUGAAAGCAAACUGGCAAGAAAGCUGAACUUUGAUGAUUUGAUACGUGAUUUUGCCAGCAGAAAGGCAUGCCGCUGGGCCAUUAUAAAGUGAUGUUGAACAUAACUUUGUUAGACCUGGAUAACAAACAGUUGAUGUCUGGUUCAGUACUUGUUUAGUCCUGGACUGGUUUAGGCCUGGCAUUACUCCUGGUGUGUCUUCAUUUUGAGCCCCUUUGGCCUAGCUAGUUUUAUUCCUGGACUGAUUUAAUUAUGGGUUAGUUCUAGCUGAUGUUUCCUGAUUGAGCAGUUUGACCCAGCUAAAGCUUGUUCAUGUAAAGUAUAUGUCAAUAUGUGUACAUUAUGUUCUGUUGUGCUUGCAAUUGCAUUUGAGAUAAUAAAUGUUCUCCCUUUUAUGUAAACAAGUACAUAUUUCUAUAUUUUUUUCUUGUUUUUGUAGGCUUUGUACUCAUCUUUAGACAUGUUAACUAUGCAAUGUGCUAAGUAUAUUUUUUAAAAGUAUACUGGGCAUGUUUAUUGGGUAAAAUUUUAUCUGUAAAAAAUGUAGGGGGCCCAGAAAUUUUGGUUUCCAUAGGGCCCAACAUUUCUGGCGGCACCCCUGACUGGGCACUAUGUAACACAAUUUUUGUUCCUGGGUAGUA